AUGCUAUCCCCGGGUGCUAACGCUACAGGUAGCAUGGCUGACACACAUGAAGGAGGCGACCUAGCCGCCGUGCUAAGUGAGCUGCAAUCAUUACGCACGGAUAUCACUUCUAUCCACGACAAGAUGAGCGAUAUUGCCGGCUUUGGAGGCUUUACGGCUCUGAAGCAAGAUAUUUCCGCUAAUGCUACGCGGCUCAACGAGGCGGAGGACCGCAUUGAAUCUGCGGAGGAGAGCGUGCAAAGUAUGAUCUCGGAGCUUACUGCUGCUACGAAACGUAUUGCCUAUCUGGAAACUAAAACUGAGGAUUUAGAAAACCGUGGCCGUCGGAAGAACCUGAGACUCGUGGGUCUGGCUGAGGGCACCGAAGGAACACAGUCCAUGCUAAGCUACAUUCAGCACAAGAUGCCUCUCUGGUUGGGUCUUGACCCCGCGGACACUCCAUUUACGAUUGAAAGAGCACAUCGCACGCUGGGCAGACCAAAACCAGAAACCAUGAAGAAACGCAGCCAGUUCAACGCGGUGAAAAAGCAGUUCGUUGAAGCUGGAUCUUUUCGGGGAUUCCAGCUACAACCAUGUAAGAUGCGGAUCUUCCACAACGGGAAGAUAGUCACUUUCUCUACACCAGAAGAAGCGGAGAACUUUCGGCAUAAGUAA